AUGGCAUCACAGAUCGAAAAACUUAAGUCAAAAGCUAAUGAUGCUUUUUCAGAAGAAAACUACGAUGAAGCCAUUGACUUGUAUACACAGGCAAUAGCACUUGACGGAAAUAGUCAUUACCUUUAUAGUAAUCGAUCAGCUGCUUACACAAAAGCUUAUAAAUAUAAAGAAGCAUUAAAAGAUGCAGAAAAAUGCCUUAAACUUAAAUCGGAUUUCGUUAAAGGUUACUCACGAAAAGGUGCAGCAUUAUUACUUCUUAAACGAUACGAAGAAGCAAUUAAUACUUAUGAGGAAGGUCUUAAAAUCGAUCCAAAUAAUGAAGUAUUAUUGAGUGAUCUUGAAACAGCACGAAAAGCUGCCACUGAUGUUAUUGUUGUAUGUUCAUCAUCGAAAUUUUUAUUUGAGAAAAUUUGUAAAGCUGGUGGAAAAUCUGUAUUAGCUUCCUACAAAUCGCAACUUAAAAAGUCUCAAAAUUCUGUUAUAUCUGUUCAAGCAGACGGAGAACUUGCAUCAAAACAAAUUUACUUUCUUUCGUGGAAAGCUGAUGCUGAUGCAUCUACACUUCGUAAAUCAAUUGAGAAGUUUGUUUCGGAUGCUUUUGAAAAAGCAGUAGAAGAGAACCAUCACAGUAUGGCAUUUCCAGCUAUCGGUUGUGGUCAAUUUGGAUGCUCAAUCGAUCUUGUUGCACAAGCAAUGAUUCGAGAAGUUCAUCGUAAACAACAAGAGCAUGGCAUAUCCGUUACAUUUGUAAUACAACCAGAAAAAACCGAUAUUUAUGACGCAUUUCAAAAUCAAAUUCAGUUAUUGGAAGCCGAAAUAUCACCGACUGAUUUGAAAACGAUGUCUGCAACAGUUAAAAAAGGAGUAAUCGAAAUUGAACAAGGAAACAUAAUCAAACAGAAGGUAGACGUUAUUAUUGGUACUUCAUCAUCAGGAUUCUUAAGACAAGCAAUAACAGAGGCAGCUGGAAAUGAAGUUCAAAAGGCUUAUAAGAAAGAAUUAAACAAUCAUCCGAAUUCUACACUAAUCGCAGUGCCUUCAGGCGCUUUACCUUGCAAACAAAUAUUCUUUGUCAAAUGGGAGCCUAAUGAUAAUGAGGAUAUACUUCGACAGUCCAUCAUUGAUUUUAUAUCUACUGUUGUACAGAACAUGAUAUCAUAUAAAUUUACAUCGGUUGCAUUUCCAGCCAUUGGAUGUGGGUUACAUGGUUGCUCGACACAAAUUACAAUGAAAGGAAAGUAUACAGAAAUAAUACAUAUCGAACGAAUUCAAAACGAACGAUGGUAUAAGCAAUACAUCGCACAUCGUGAAGAUUUCAUACGACGUCUUAAUGAGAAUACCGAAAAACGCUUAUAUCAUGGAUGUCCUGAACAAGCUGCUAGUUUAAUUAUGGAAGAUUGUUUUAAUAGAAGUUUUGCCGGAGUCAAUGGAACUGUUUAUGGUUUUGGUGUUUAUUUUUCAUCUAAUGCAUCCUAUAGUCAUGGAUAUACGCAUGCGAAUGAAAAUGGAAAACGAUGCAUGUUUAUAGCACGAGUUUUGGUUGGAAAAACCACCAAAGGAAAUAGUUCGAUGAAAACUCGACCACUUGGAUUCGAUUCUACCACUGACGAGAAGCAUAUUUUCGUUACUUAUCAUGAUGCUCAAGCCUAUGCCGAAUAUUUGAUCACAUACAAGUAA